AUGGCCCCAUCAACUCCAAAAACUUCAAGAAUCUUGAAGGCUAAAGACGGCAACACUUCAUCACAGAAGAAGAUGAAACAGUCAAGCUUAUUGUCCUUCUUUUCCAAACAGGGUACAACCGCUGCUACUCCAACCAAGAAAGCAGUAUCAAAAAUCAAAGGUGAAAAAGCAUCCUCCCAACCGAUUCAGUCUCAAUCACCUAGUGUACUUUCAAAUACUACUGCAGUAUCAGAUAGUAAAAAUACUUCUGACACAUCUUUUGUUAGUAACGACAAAAAUCCUGUUCCUGACAUUAAUACUUUAAAUGCACGUAAAAACUCCAUCCAUGGAAACACAGACUCCAGUAUAGGCGAUAUUUCUACAUCCACUGUCGGCAAUACCUCAAAACGAAAUAAGAGAAAUGUCAGUUAUGCUGAAGACAGUGAUGAUGACGAUGAACUGCUAAACGAUCUGUCUUUUCGUAAAAGCAAAAGAGCUAAAAGAUUGCAAGAUGACGAGGAUGAUGAAGACGAAUAUAUUCCAAAUAAGGACGAGAAAAAUGAGGCGGACGAUGAUUUCAUUAACGAUGAUUUAGACAGUGAUGAUGACUUGAUGCAAUUUGCAGCAACAAGCGAAAGAAAACCAAAAUUAAAAACAUUUACACCCCCACCUGCAAAGAAAAAAUACUCACCGCCAAAGCCUCAAAUAAAAUCAAAACAAAAUAAAUUUACAAAACAAAAUGAGGAGAGGUAUCAAUGGUUAGUUAAUGAAACGGAUGCGCAAGGCCGUCCACCAACUGAUCCAGAAUAUGACCCAAGAACUUUGCACAUUCCCUCUUCAGCAUGGAACAAGUUCACGCCAUUUGAAAGACAAUAUUGGGAAAUAAAGUCUAAAAUGUGGGAUUGUGUUGUCUUCUUUAAGAAGGGUAAGUUCUUUGAAUUAUAUGAGAAGGAUGCGUUAUUGGGUAACUCCUUAUUUGAUCUUAAAUUAGCAGGUAAUGGUAGAGCUAAUAUGCAGCUAGCGGGUAUCCCAGAAAUGUCCUUUGAAUAUUGGGCUUCUCAGUUUAUUCAACAUGGUUACAAAGUCGCGAAAGUUGACCAAAGGGAAUCUAUGCUAGCCAAAGAAAUGAGAGAAGGAUCUAAAGGUAUUGUUAAAAGAGAACUGGAAUGCGUACUCACAUCCGGUACUUUAACCGAUGGAGAUAUGCUGCACUCCGAUCUGGCGACUUAUUGUCUUGCAGUUAGAGAAGAAUCUGGCGAUUUUUAUAAUUCUUUUGAUGACUCUACUGUUAAUCAUCCUGAUAAGAUAUUCGGUAUUUCAUUUAUUGAUACUGCUACCGGUGAAUUACAAAUGUUGGAAUUUGAAGAUGAUAAUGAAUGCUCAAAAUUAGAUACCAUUAUGUCACAGAUAAGACCCAAAGAGAUUAUCAUCGAAAAGAAUAACUUGAGCAACUUAGCAAAUAAAAUUGUAAAGUUUAAUUCAGCUGCAAAUGCAAUUUUCAACAAUGUAAAGCCAGAUACUGAAUUUUAUAACUUUGAUAGAACUUAUGAUGAGCUUAUUUCAGAUAACGCAAAAUAUUUCGAGGAUUAUUCAAAAUGGCCCAAAAUUUUAAAAGAAUAUUACGAAGCAAAAAGGCGUGCUGGAUUUAGUGCCUUUGGUGGUUUACUCUACUAUUUAAAGUGGCUAAAAUUGGAUGGAAGCCUGAUCUCUAUGGGGAAUAUUAAGGAAUAUAACCCAAUAAAAUCUCAAAACUCAUUAAUCUUAGACGGUGUAACUUUGCAAAACCUUGAAAUCUUUGGGAACUCUUGUGAUGGUACAGAAAAGGGCACCCUAUUUAAAUUAUUGAAUAGAGCCAUUACACCAAUGGGUAAGAGAAUGAUGAGGACGUGGUUAAUGCAUCCCUUGCUACAAAAGAAUGACAUUGAAAAAAGAUUGGAUAGUGUUGAUAUUUUGAUGUCUGAUGCAGAAUUAAGAGAUAAGUUAGAAGUUGCCUUUUCCAAACUGCCUGACCUGGAAAGAAUGUUGGCAAGAAUACAUUCCAGUACAAUCAAGGUAAAAGAUUUUGUCAAAGUUAUUCAAGGCUUUGAAGAUAUAUGUGAUUUACUCAAGACAAUAUCCAAAACUGAAUUAGAGGGAGCUUUAAAGCAAUACAUCAGUCAGGUUCCAUCUUCUUUAUAUGAUGAUGUGGAAAAUUGGACAAAUGUCUUCGAUAGAUAUAAAGCAUCAGAAGAAGGCAUUAUAAUACCACAUAGGGGGAUUGAAGCAGAUUUUGAUAAGUCAUUGGAUGAUAUAAAGGAAUUAGAAAAUGAAUUAGAUAUCAUAUUGAAUGAAUACAGAAAAAAAUUCAAAUGCUCCAGUAUCAAUUAUAAAGAUUCUGGUAAAGAAAUAUAUACAAUCGAAGUUCCUACUAUGAUAGUGAAAUCAAUUCCAUCUAAUUGGAUUCAAAUGGGUGCAAACAAAUCUACAAAGAGAUACUAUUCAGAUGAAGUUAAGAUUUUAGCAAGAGCAAUGGCAGAGGCUCGCGAGUCGCAUAAGAUCUUGGAAGAGGAUCUUAAAAACAGGUUAUGUAAGAAAUUUGACAAAGGCUUUAACACUAGUUGGAUGCCAACCAUUCAUGCAAUUGCAAGUGUAGACUGUUUAAUAGCCUUAACCAGGACUUCAGAAUGUUUAGGCUCACCAUCAUGCAGACCAGAAUUUGUGGACGAACUUGAUGCAAAGACGGGAGAUAAAUUGAAUGGUUUUUUGAAAUUUAAAUCAUUAAGACAUCCUUUUUUCAAUAUGGGUUCCACCACUGUAAAAGAAUUUAUUCCAAAUGAUAUAGAAUUAGGUAAGGACGUUGCUCAAUUUGGGUUACUAACAGGUGCUAAUGCAGCAGGUAAAUCUACAGUUCUAAGAAUGACAUGUGUUGCGGUAAUAAUGGCACAAAUGGGCUGCUAUCUUCCUUGUGAAAGUGCAAUUUUAACACCAGUUGACAGGAUUAUGACACGUCUAGGUGCUAAUGAUAAUAUUAUGCAGGGAAAAUCUACAUUCUAUGUUGAACUAGCUGAGACAAAGAAGAUUUUAGAUAUGGCUACAAAUAGAUCAUUAUUGGUAUUGGACGAAUUAGGUAGAGGUGGUUCAUCUAGUGAUGGGUUUGCCAUUGCUGAGAGUGUACUACAUCAUGUAGCCACACAUGUACAAAGCUUAGGCUUUUUCGCUACACAUUAUGGUACUUUAGGAUCUAGUUUUAAAGAGCAUCCACAAGUAAGACCUUUGAGAAUGAGUAUUAUUGUUGAUGAAGAGACAAGAAACGUUACAUUUUUGUAUAAGUUAGAGGAUGGAGAGAGUGAAGGGUCAUUUGGUAUGCAUGUUGCCUCAAUGUGUGGGAUUCCUAAAUCUAUUGUUGACAAUGCGCAAGUUGCUGCUGACAAUUUAGAACAUACUUCAAGGUUAGUGAAGGAGAGAGAGUUGGCGACGAGUGGCAUUGAUGGUGAAUUCAAUAGUAUACCACUUGGGUUACAGAGUGACAUUGUUAGAUUAGUUUAUGGUGAUGGGUUGACUAAUGGUAAGAAAGGUUGUGGUGAAGGCGUACUUGUUUAUGAUUCAAAUGUCAGACGUAAUGUAUUGAAAAAUAUUUUCCAAAUUAUUGAAGGAUUACAGUAG